UGACUGUUGUGUUGUUCGCAGAGGGGCCGACCCAACGUGGGAUGCAGAGCUUCCUGAAGCUGCUGAGGGAGAGUGGGGGCGCUGGGCCACCCCUGGCGGAGCUGGUGACUCUUGCAGGCAGGCUGUGCCGAGACCUCCAGGAUGACCCCGCCCAGGUGCAGCCCUUGGUCACAGCCGUGUUGGACAGUCAGCUCCGCCUGCACCUCUUGGACAAUGCGGACGUGGCCUUCGUGUGUGCCCGGGUGCUGGCCCAGCAAGAGCAGCACCAGGCUGCCUGCCGGGUGCUGGAGGGUUGCCGUGUGCCCGGAGGCAGCCAGGAGCUGGUCCAGCUCUGGAACGACAUUCACUACCAUCUGGUCAUGAAGCGGCUGGGCGUGGCUGUGCUAACCCCAGUGCAGAAGUUCCGCUGCAGAAAGAGAAACCCACCACCCCUCUCCCUCUGCCCUGAUGGCCUGAAGAGCCGAAACUUUCCCAGAGAGGUUCGCCGGAAGCUGCACGACUUUGCCUCGAGCGUGAGCACCAACCCCAGCAAGGCCGAGCGGGAGAACCUGGCCUUGGAGACGAGCCUGACCGUAGAGCAAGUGUACAACUGGUUUGCCAAUUACCGGCGGCGCCAGAGGGCCCUUCUCCAGCGCCUGGAGCCAGCGCCGGAGGACACAGUAGAGGACCCCAGUGUGAGGGAGAGGGGUCCGGACCGCCCCCAGCCCUCAGACCACCCCCACCUUGGCUCUGGGUGUGUGGACAGGCCUCAGUGGCCAGCAGGACAGGAGGAAAAUGGGCCUGCACAAUCCAGAGAGACCGCCCAAGGGCCAUGGGAGUCGCUGGCCCUGGCCCCGGACUUUUCUGGAGAUGAGACUAUGCCAAAGCCAUUGCCUCCCAGGUCUUUGCAGGGUGGUGAGAUGUACCAGGAGGGGCCUGGCCAUGAUCCUGUUACUCUUCCUGCCAUCUGCCCAGGCCCUGGCGUCUGUCCUCUGGCUGCUGGCAGUGACAUGCUAGACCCUUCUCUGGCUGCCCCUGAGUCAUGGCUGAUGUCUCUUGCACUGGCGUCCUCCAGAGAAGUUUCCUUCCAGACCGGGCAUCUGGUUCACGGGCCUGGGUUGGACUUCAUGAUGCGCCCUGCAGAUGCAGCUGUGGCUGUGUCCGUUACUGCUCUGGGUGAGCCCAGCUCCACAGAGACCUACGUUUGCCUGUCCAAAUUUACCAACAAGGCUGGAGUGGGGCAGUCACUGGCCAACUUCACACUGGGACGAGGGGAGCUGGUCUUCACACCAGGUCCAGCACAUGUGAGGGGUGAUGUUCUCUAGGAACUGGUGAGCCUCCCUGCUGACUGCCUGAGCACCAGGAUGUUACCCUGCUCUCCCUUACUGCUCCCUCCCUUCCAACCUCCUUAGGGUCCUCAGGACCUGACCUUAUACCCCACCUUCCUUUCGGAUGCCCUACCAACAUAGGAUGUACUUGUGCCCUGGGUCUGCAGACUGUGGACAUCUCCCUUCCACUAAUUAUCCCUUCCCUGACUCUCCCUUUGUUCUGGGCUUUUUGCUUAUUACUUGUUUUUCUCUUGGAGGAAGAAGAUCUAACCCAGUGAUUUUUUAUGUUUGAAUCAGAAAUGCUCAAAUCAGCACUUAAACUGUAUUUAAUGUAUCUCAGAGUACUUUUAAAGUUCCACAGAAAAGAGGAAACAGUGGAAAGUGGAGGUAAAAUCAUACAUACACCAAACUGUCAGGAGAGUUCCUUUGGUUUGAGAUUGUCUGGGCAGCUGGCUGGCAGGUUGGGUCGUCACUCUGGCAGACAAGACAAAGGACUGUGAGCCCUGCCUGGCUGGCCUGUUGUUCUGAGUCGGAGAUCAGGGAUUCCGAUGCUAGGUUUACCACCUGGUAGACUCAGGGAAGACACGAACCUUCCUCCUUCCCUUCCUUUGCUCCAGAAUGUUUGUUGACCCAGAAUUGAUCAGAUUCACCAUGGCUUAUCUUGAAUGAUAUAUGGAGAUACUCUCUUCAAUGUAGAGAGAAGGAGCCAGGUAAGGUCGUGACACCUUGCACCUCAUUGAAAUCAUGGUGAAACCUCAGGUAAAAGGUGAAAAUGAAAAUAGCUAAGGGCUGGUGGCUCAGCCUUUAAUGGACCAGCACGAGAUAAACUGAGAAGUGGACUGCCCAUUCCCUGUCCUCAUGCAGCAGGGGUGUGUGGGGGGCAGAUUUGGAUGCUGAAUCUUUGGCAUUGGGGGCUGGCACGAAGUCUGGGUUAAUUAAGCAGAACUUGAAGUCUGCAAAAUUGGACUUUGUCUUUGUUUCUGAAGCCUAAAAAGGCCAUUGAGAUCAACAGUCGUGACUGUUCCUCAGCAAGGGAGGCUGAGGCUUGAGGCCUGCCAGGUUGGAUGCUGCUUCUCUCCAUGGAGGUCUUGAUUGUGCUGCUUGUGGGCUGUGUUCUCUUCUCCCAGCACUGGGUUGUGGAAUUUGUUUCUGUGUAGGAUUCGCUGACCCACCUGUUGGC